AUGCAGAGAUUUAUAGGGGUUUUUGCGGUCCUGGCCUGCCUGUUUCUUGGGACUGAAAACGGAUCAGCCUUCUUGCUGGAAAGCAAAUGCGGAAAGUCAAAUCGUUCCGAAAAUUAUGGGCUGAUUAGUGGAGGUCAAAAUGCAGGCAUACUCUCGAAUCCAUGGAUGGUAUUGAUAAUAAUAAGGGGUAGUCCAUAUUGUGGCGGCUCUCUAAUCACUUCUCGAUUCGUUCUGACGGCAGCGCAUUGCAUAUCUCCUUUUUACACGAUCGUGAGAUUGGGCGAUUACCUAACGGUGAAUCCUGAGGAUGAUUGCUCUACGGGUAUCUGCAUACCAAGAGCCUAUAUUAAACAUGUCGAUAAGAAAAUACCUCACGCAGAUUUUAACAAAUUCCCAAACCAACAGUAUGAUAUAGCCCUGCUUCGAAUGGCUGAUGUGGUAGAGUUCUCAGGUUUCGUUCUGACGGCAGCGCAUUGCAUAGUUCAUAAUUACACGACCGUGCGAUUGGGCGCUGACCAGAAUCCUCAUACGGAUUGCUCUAUAGGUAAUACCACAUCAAGAGCCUAUUUUAAAAAUGUCGAUAAGAAAUUGCGUCACAAAAACUUCGGUACAGCCCCAGGCGGUCGGUAUGAUAUAGGCCUGCUUCGAAUAGAUUCUGUGGUGAUGUUCACAGACUAUGUCAGGCCGAUAAGCCUCCUCGUCAAUGCAAAAAUGGAAGAUGUUUUAAGAUUUAAAGUCACCGGCUGGGGUAGGCGUGAGGAUGGUAAUAUGAGUAGCGUUCUACAAAAAACAACUCUAAAUAGAAUUGAUCGUCAAUACUGUGAUCGCAAAUUUAGUACGACGAUUGAUCACACACAGAUUUGUACUGGCAGUUACACUAGUGAAACCUGCUUUGGAGACUCUGGAGGUCCUUUAAGCGCAGAGGUUUCUUACGAAGGACAACUUCGUCCGUUUCUGUACGGUGUGGUCAGCUAUGGAUCUCAAUUUUGUACAACUGGAGGUGUAGAUGUUCACACAAAUGUGGAAAAAUUUAUGGACUGGAUUCAGAGGGCUGUGGUCGUCUUUUACACUGAAAAAUAUCCUGCUCCAAAAUUUAUGGACUGGAUUCUGAGUGCUGUGGUCGUCAUUUACACUGAAAAAUAUCCUGCUACAAAUGUAGAAUAA